GAGGAGGGGGCUGUCAAUCCGCGGCCGAGCAAGCCCCACUCUCCGGCAAGCUGCUCCCAAGGUCUGAUUCUGGAGCUGUGGCCGGUUGCAAUGGGAAGCGGCGUCGGAGGGAACAAAGUUUGCAACACUUGGGCACUUGGCUGCUCGCGUCCUUGAUGCCCGUGGCAGGAGCCGGUGCCUAAAAGCAGCGGGCAGCCAGGCGGCUGGCACGCCUUGCUGGUCUGCUGUCGGCACUGCUAUCGCAAAGUUUCAGCUAUUUUAAUGUACUAAAAUCCAGGAUUUUAAUUAUCAGCCCUCCCCGCCCCCACCUCUCCUUCUAGGAUUUUUGGAGCUAUAUGGAGGGAUCUCAGGAUGGUGUGCACCAGGAAAACCAAAACUUUAGUGUCCACUUGCGUGAUUUUGAGUGGAAUGACUAACAUCGUCUGCCUGCUGUACGUGGGCUGGGUCACCAACUACAUUGCCAGUGUUUAUGUGAAAGUGCAGGAGCCGAUCUCGGAAAAAAAGUUAGAGGAAGACAAAGGGGACACUUUAAGGAUUAUAGAAAGGCUGGACCAUUUGGAAAAUGUCAUCAAGCAGCACAUCCAAGAAGCUCCACCAAAACUGGAAGAAAAUCCUGCUGAAGCGUUCACUGAUUCAUCUCUCUUUGCUCACUGGGGCCAGGAUCUCAGUCCUGAAAAUAGACGUAUCGCACUUAAACAAUUCCAGUAUUAUGGCUACAAUGCUUACCUGAGCGAUCGCUUGCCACUGGACAGGCCCUUGCCUGACCUUAGGCCUAAUGGGUGCAGAAACCUUACAUUUCCUGACAGGCUUCCUGAGGUCAGCAUUGUAUUCAUAUUUGUCAAUGAAGCGCUCUCUGUGAUUCUGCGCUCCAUUCAUUCAGCCAUUGACCGGACUCCUGCUCACCUGCUCAAAGAGAUUAUUUUAGUUGAUGAUAACAGUAGUAAUGAAGAACUUAAGGAGAAACUGAAGAAGUAUGUUGAUGAAGUGAACGCCCGUAAGCCUGGUUUCAUCAAGGUUGUUCGACACAGCAAACAAGAGGGGCUGAUUCGAUCUCGAGUUAGUGGAUGGAGAGUAGCCACAGCACCAGUAGUUGCUCUCUUUGAUGCUCAUGUGGAAUUCAAUGUGGGAUGGGCUGAACCAGUGCUCACUAGGAUAAAAGAAGACAGGAAGAGAGUCAUUUCUCCAUCAUUUGAUAACAUUAAGUAUGAUAAUUUUGAAAUAGAGGAGUAUCCCCUCUCAGCGCAGGGGUUUGACUGGGAGCUGUGGUGCCGAUAUCUGAACCCUCCUAAGUCAUGGUGGAAACUGGAGAACACAACUGCUCCAAUAAGAAGUCCUGCAUUGAUUGGAUGCUUCAUAGUAGAUAGAGAAUAUUUCCAAGAGAUUGGCUUACUGGAUGAAGGCAUGGAAGUAUACGGAGGAGAAAAUGUGGAGCUCGGAAUCAGGGUAUGGCAAUGUGGAGGAAGUGUUGAGGUUCUACCUUGCUCCAGGAUUGCCCACAUUGAAAGAGCACAUAAACCAUACACAGAAGACCUAACUGCUCAUGUCCGGAGAAAUGCGCUAAGGGUGGCUGAAGUCUGGAUGGAUGAAUUUAAGAGCCAUGUCUAUAUGGCAUGGAACAUACCCCAGGAGGACUCUGGAAUUGAUAUUGGUGAUAUUUCUGAGAGGAAGGCCUUGAGGAAAAAGCUCCAGUGCAAGACCUUUAGGUGGUAUCUUGUCAGCGUGUAUCCAGAAAUGAGAAUGUAUUCAGAUACUGUCGCCUAUGGGGUGCUGCAGAAUUCCCUGAAAAGUGAUUUGUGCCUUGAUCAAGGGCCAGACACGGAGAAUAUCCCAAUCAUGUAUAUCUGCCAUGGAAUGACACCACAGAAUGUUUAUUACACAAGCAGUCAGCAGCUCCAUGUGGGUGUUCUGAGUCCCACUAUCGACGAUGAUGACAACAGAUGCCUGGUGGAUGUGAACAGCAGGCCCAGGCUCAUUGAAUGCAAUUAUGCCAAAGCCAAGAGAAUGAAGCUUUACUGGCAGUUUACUCAGAUUAAGCCAGUAAUUCUCUACUACACAAGUCCGACUCUCAGACUUCUGUGCGAAUUACUCUACUCUGUAUAUCUUGGAAGAAACUUCCCUGACACUAAUGUGUACAAGUUAUCUAUUAUCUUUAUUGGACAGGAGAGAGGGUGAAAGAACCAACUGAAACAAGAAUUAAUGGAAAAAAGUGUCAUUUAUGUCACCUACAUGAUGAUUUAAUUGUAAUUUAGGUCUAUAGUUAACUGUGUGAUAGCCCCAGUGAUUUAAGGUUUGCUGCAAUUCAACAACGAAGGUAGGGCUUUAAUAUGGCAGUAUUAAGCUGAGAAUUGAACAGACUCAAUACUGAGGGUUACCAACAUAAGAUUAUAAAAGACAGUUCAUUUCAGAAUUCAAAGAAUAAAUGAUUUUUUGCAUUUUAUCCUACAUACAGGACACCCCUGCCCCAGGCAGUGGUCCUCUUUUGCCUUUUUUUGAUGUUUCAGAGGUACAGCAGAGCCACUAAGCUAGGUAACUGAAGUAAACAGGAAAGCUUUUGGCUCAUGAUAAGCAUGGCUAGAAACGCAGCUCGAUUCUAGAAACCCCAUUUACUGAAAUAGUAACCAGGAAUUGAGGCUAUUCCAAACUGCAUCAGAGAUUAAACCAGCUAGUGACAAAGGGAACCUUCACUCCAAACCCAACCUAGUGCUUAUCUUGUCUCUAACUGAAACGUUUUUCACAGUAGCAGUGCAUUUAGUAGAUGGACAUUGGAAUGUUCUCUAAUCUAUAUUAUCACACAGUAGCAAUGCAACAAGUUCACAAUGUUUAAUCCAAACACUUCUUUUUUUCCCCAUCU